AUGAGUCACUGUUCUGAGGAUGAUCCUGGUCUAAAAGCAGUUGGGGGAUUCAGUGAACCCAGGGCACCUUCUAAAGAAGACCAAGCUGUCACUGACAAGGUGAAAGGAGAGUUUAUAAAGAAGACCGGACAGAACACCAGCGAAUUUAAAGCAGUCCUCCUCUGUACUCAAGUUGUUGCCGGCACGAAUUACAUUGUGAAGGUUAAGAUUGGAGGUGACAAAUAUGUCCACCUCAAAGUGUUCGAACCCCUGCCUCAUACAAACGAGGGACCGUCUUUGGUGUCUUACCAGCUGAAUAAAAAAAAGGAUGAUAAAUUGGAGAUCUUCUAAGAUGGAG